AGGGGAUAGGAUUUGAGAAGUUACGUAAGUUGGGUAAGAUUCCUUUACUUAUAAAGGAUGGGCACAUGGGUCCAUCGUGCAAUAAUGCCGCUGUCUUCAGUAGUCGAGUGAGCUGGGUAGUGAAAGUACAUGCAGAAAUACGGCAUGCAAGUUGGAGCGCUAUAGACGACAAAAAGAAGCACGAGCUCAUCAAUCGUGUUAGAGUAGGGAGUUAUAAAAUAUACCCAUAUUUUGAACUUUAUUCACUACAGAAUUUUAUUUUUUAUUGUGACAAACCAUAUGUGAUUCAGAUUUUGGUUUUGCAGGCAGAUUUUGUGUUGGACUGGACGAAAGAAAACCACCGCGAACCUGUGGUAAUGGCUCUCGUUGAUAAAUACAAUGCAUACCACUACGAACUGCACAAGCACUACCUCAAAUAUGCAUCGCAUGAGGAGGCACUAUCCGGUGGGAUGUCCCUGGUAGAGAAACCUGUUUGGGAAUGGUUAUGUGAAAGGUGGGCCAGCAGCCCAUUCAAGGGAUACACCAGGAUGCAUGUAGGUAGCUGUUUUCAGCAAGGGUUCCAGCAUGGAGAAAAACAACCUGAUGGAAGAACAUUGUGUCGUACCAGAUGGAGAGACUUGGCAACCACCAACAAAAGUGAAAAAUAUAAUUGGAUAGGAAUCUGUGAUUUCAUCUCCCGUCUUGGUCUCCUUCUCAGUUUUCCUCACCUUCCUACACCAUACGCCUCCACGAACCCACAAAUGCCUCCUACCCCCUUCGUCUUCUCCAUGGACCCACAACCACUCCCCCUUUCUCGUUCUAUGGUGAAGUCAGAUGUUGGUCUUCUCAUUGUCUGA